AUGUCAUCUAGGAGUAAACUAGAGAACAAAGAUUCUCGUGGGGACAUUCCCCACCUGCUAAAUGUUUUCCUGUGCAACGAUGGCGAUGGUUUAUCUGCAAAUGAAUCCAAGGAACAGGUCUUAAAUUGUACUCAAAAUGCCAACACAAGCUCCAUAGGCACCAUACCAUCGAAUGGCCUGGUCGAAAGCGAUGUGACGCCUGUUAUGACUCCCACACCGAAGGUCGGUGUCUACAAACCAAAUGAUAACGUCUGGCGCGUAUCUAAAGAAGCCACUAAGCGUGAUCGUACCUAUGUUGUGAGUGCCGAGGAGUAUCCUGAUUUGGGCCAGCGUCAGAAGAGAUCCAAACAACGUUCGCCGCCGACGCGUACUCAAGAUGACGGCGGCACUGAUUCGAGCCAUGCCAAAGGUUUUAGUCGCGUAAAAGAUGCGCCUGUGCUGGCCAACUUUUUGCCGGAUUUUAUGCUUUCGAAAUCGAGCAACAGCAAUCAUCAAGCGGUGACCACUUGGCUAUCGUCAGUACGUCCUAGCGACAGCCAAAAGUCUUCAAACGACCAGGCACGUUGCUCUUCUUCGACUACGAUGACACUGGUGAAAAAUGAUUCAGUACAGCCGCUUGCGCCAAAAAGUGCUGCCAAGUCUUCUCCUGGCGAGGAGAAUAUCCAACAGAAGCAGAAUACUCCAGCUAAUUCCCAACAGCAGGAGACAAGCCCGGCUAAUUCUGUCAUUCAUCAGGUGGAAACAACUAACUCUCCAAAGGAGCAGCAGAACAGUUCUGCCACUUCCUUACAGCAGCAGAAGAGUUCGGUCAAUUCCUUACAGAAGCGGAAGAAUUUGGUCAAUUCUUCACAGCAGCAGAAGAGUUCUGCCAGUUCCUUAAAGCAGCAGAAGAGUUGUGCCAGUUCCUUACCGCAACAGAAGAGUUCAGUCAAUUUUACUAUCAUACCGCAGAAGGUUUCCGUCAAUUCUUCACAGCAGCAGAAGAGUUCUGCCAGUUCCUUACAGCAGCAGAAGAGUUCGGCCAGUUCCUUACAGCAGCAGAAGAGUUGUGCCAGUUCCUUACCGCAACAGAAGAGUUCAGUCAAUUUUACUAUCAUACCGCAGAAGGUUUCCGUCAAUUCUCCACAGCAGCAGAAGAGUUCUGCCAGUUCCUUACAGCAGCAGAAGAGUUCGGCCAGUUCCUUACAGCAGCAGAAGAGUUGUGCCAGUUCCUUACCGCAACAGAAGAGUUCAGUCAAUUUUACUAUCAUACCGCAGAAGGUUUCCGUAAAUUCUUCACAGCAGCAGAAGAGUUGUGCCAGUUCCUUACCGCAACAGAAGAGUUCAGUCAAUUUUACUAUCAUACCGCAGAAGGUUUCCGUCAAUUCUCCACAGCAGCAGAAGAGUUCUGCCAGUUCCUUACAGCAGCAGAAGAGUUCUGCCAGUUCCUUACAGCAGCAGAAGAGUUCGGCCAGUUCCUUACAGCAGCAGAAGAGUUGUGCCAGUUCCUUACCGCAACAGAAGAGUUCAGUCAAUUUUACUAUCAUACCGCAGAAGGUUUCCGUCAAUUCUUCACAGCAGCAGAAGUGUUCUGCCAGUUCCUUACAGCAGCAGAAGAGUUGUGCCAGUUCCUUACCGCAACAGAAGAGUUCAGUCAAUUUUACUAUCAUACCGCAGAAGGGUUCCGUCAAUUCUUCACAGCAGCAGAAGAGUUCUGCCAGUUCCUUACAGCAGCAGAGGAGUUGUAUCAAUUCCUCGCAAUAUCAGAAGAGUUCUGCCAGUUCUUUACAGCAGAAGAGUCCUGAAAGUUCUUACCAAGUAAGCAAUUCUCAUAGCAAAUUCCGACAGCAGCAAAAGAAGAGUCCUGAAAAAAAUAAAGGGAGCCAAAAGAAUCAGAAAUCUCCUGGCAUUCAACACUCUUGGAAACAACAACAGGAGCAGCAGCAGCCAAAGAGUCUUCAGAAUUGUUCGCAAACUUCUGUUCAGCAGCAGCAACAGCAAGUGAACCCUAAUCAUAGUCAGUCGCAAUCAGGGAGACCUAUCAAGCCCACUUACUCGCACUCAAGGAGAGCUUUAGUUACAAACAAUUCUCCGGUACCAAUCAGCAUACAUACCGUUAACCACAGCCAGCAGACCAGAUUCCAGAUUCAAUCAUCGAGUCCCAGUGUUGUCCACAAUGAGGACGAGGAUGUUAUGCCGCCGACGCCCAACCAAAGUGAGAGAAGGCAGAAGAGGUUCCCACGUCGCAAUCACAACCACCGGAUGGUGCGCAGUCUGCAGGCGGUGAGUCGAGAGUUUACAGAAUCCUCGCCGGAGGGACCUUUAGGGGGAUUGCCGGAAAAAGAGGUUGUGCCGUACCAGCAACAUGAGCAUCCGCCCCAGGUGAAGCGCUCACCAGAAAUCCAACAGAACAGCCACAUUCAGCAAUUGCCUACGGUCAGCGCUUUAAAUUUAAAUGCUAAGGAGUUCAACCCUACCGCAAAAUGCAAUCCCCCCGACUCAGUGUGUAAAUUGAGCCGGAGACGUUGUCGACAGCGAUUUAUGCGAUCUUCACGCGCGAAACAACAGAACCAAAGCGAGCCAGGACCAAAUCCUGAAAGUGCCCCAGAACCAAUACUCGAAUGCACCUCUGAGAUAGGUGAUCAGCCACAACAGCCAGUCAACAUACCAAUCCAACCCAAUUUACCACCGGCACCGGCACUACCCAUGGUCUUCUUUGAUCAGCAGGCGGGAGUUAUAUGGAGCAACCCAUCACCAUACAUUCCGAUUGAAAUCCAAAACACCAGUGCCAGCCUGUCGGUUUUUCGGCUAGCCAGUCUCCCGUGUACAGGAGUUGGCACCCCCAAUAUGGAUAUAUUUACCAUAUCUCCACCCACUAUCCAGCAUAUCAGCUCCAGCCGCCUCCCAUCCAGCAUUUCCAGGACAACCCAGUUAUCGCAUACUCUCAGUUCGCCGCCGGUGGAGAACCAGCACCAGGAACAUUCAUGCAGCCACCAGGACGAGGACCUAAUGUACAGCCGGCCUCUGUUGGAUAUGGAUCAGGAGGAAACCCAGCCGGAGCAACAGGACCAGGAAUGGCAGUGGGAGUCGGAGAUGGAGCCCCCGAGGUUCCAGUCGAAGAAACAGGUCGUCGCCGACGCACUCGGCGAAAAAGACGCGCCCGUCGCUAAGGACGCAGGAUCACCACUAGAGCGUCAUAUGAUAUUUCGAGCCCCAUCGCAGCACGGCCAAGAAUAUCCCAAGCCGGAUCUAAACUGCGUGCCGUCCAGCAUCAGGAAACUACAUUACCUGAUCUCAUCACAGUAUUCUGACUACUCCUUCGUCUACGCCCUAAGUGCUCAGAUCUGUCAGGACUGUGUGCCCAUGGAUUGCUUUGUUUACCUGAAGAUGAUACUGCUGGCCAGUAUCGUUUCAAUCGAAUCUGAUGAGGUGCGGGCUCCAAUUUCCUUAUGCAUAAUCGCCAGCGACAGCCUGAUGGCCAGCCGUCUAAUGAACAAAGUGGGCCAACUGGCUCCACGUUUCCUGGGACCCCACGAAUACGGACUGCAGCCCACUUUCAAUGCCCUACCCUCGCGCUUUAAUUGGGUAGUGGCCAGUCCUUUACUAUUGGCCCAACAGGGUGUUUACUACGUCGGCGAUUGGAAUCGUCUGUCCAAGGAUCAGGGAUGCCAGCUGGAAAAGUGCGUCGAAAAUGGAGCGGUCCCAGUGGCGCAGUUGCACGUCGAUCAGCCCUUGAAGGCAGCCGUUUGGACUUACUGGCAGCCGAACAACUCCACCAAUCAGACACUGGCCCUCGCCAAAUUGUGCCCAAUCUUCGGUCUGCCUAUUUAUAUGGGUGGUCAGGUCAACAAUAGUCUCUGGCACUCCAUAAUUCAGAAGCACAACGCUGAGGGAGAAAUUGUGGUCAACGAUGGCUUGAACAUUCCCGAGGACGACAUGCGCAUGCUAAUACAUCUGUUGCAUCAGCGCAAGACCACCUUAACCGAUCCCGCUCAGCAUAUGCUGCAAAAGUAUUAUGUGAUCUCCCGGAAAGAGCGACCGAAUGUCUUCUCCAGCAAGACCUACAUAGUGCUGAAGCAAUUAGCUGAGUGCUUUGCCAAGCUGGCGCUGCGUCUGGAGGUCCUUGAAUCGGACGUUUGUGUGGCCAUCUACCACUGUGAGCAUUUCGUGCAGGGCAUUUUCGGGGCCAAAGAAAACCAGGCACCGCCGGCAGUCUUCAAUUUCAAUGUGAUCUCCUCCAUCGAUCCGUACAUGAACAAGUUUACACGCUGGCUACUUCAGUAUCUGAAUAGCUACGAGGACGAGGAGCUGGGGAUGCACGCGGACAAGAAGCGGCGCACAGAUAGCUGGGCCAUGCCCUAAACGCUUGGCAUAGAUCCCUAGACCAACUUGGCAUUCAUUUGGCCACUGGACCAAUUUUGAAUACCUUUUCUAGUUUUAUACGAUUGAAUUUACUGCACUUGUGUUUGUAAACAAAAUCGGCACUGAAGCCACUAGAUACUACACCUAACCAUUCACUACACAAACAACACCUGAAGCGUUCAAAAACGAAACCUAUAUUUGUAAGCAUUCACAAACAGACGCCACACACAGAUAUUCCCCAUCUCCUUCACAUUCCGUGAUAUAUAUGUUUUGUGUAUAUCGCAAGCUGAUCGCGGAUAGUUUUCAAAAUUUAGUUCCCGAAAAUCAGGAACCUGUUGGAAUAGUCUUGCACCGUUGCUAAUCGCUUAUCAACGAUGUUUUUGCAAAUUUUUUGGAAACUAAUUUGUAAAAUUGUUUUUGGUACAAGUAAUAAAAUUAAUGUGUGGCCAAGAA